AGUACAGCCGCACGAGCGGCGAGCGGAGGACCACGCGAUCCACAAAAAAAUGUUUUCUUCUUUUUAGGUAGUGCCCUCCUCUCUUCACUCUGCAAGACUGAAACACUCCGCAGACUGACACGCUUGCAUGGGGGCGGCGGUGGGGAAGGCGGCUCCGGCGAAGGCCCGGCUCGACAUUGCCGAGAACACCAUAUUCCAGCGGAACCGCGGCAUAUGGGACGCGGCGGCCGCCUGCACCAACGAACGCCUCCUCGACGCGGUCGACGAGAUCCUCGACCUGGCGGAGGCCCAGCCUUUCCCCGCGGCGUCCGCGGCCGCCGCCCGCCUCGACAGCGCCCUCCGCGCCGCCAUGUCGCUCAUGAUGGACGAGUUCAUGUGCCUCAGGGUCUGGAACGCCUCCUCCCAUGACCUGCGCCUCGCCGUCGACAGGCUCGCGGUCGGUGCUUCCGCCAACGCCCUGUGGCAGCACACCUUCCCCAGCACCGGCGACAGGAGCAGCUCGGCGAGCACCGUGGGGCGCGCGUCGGCCGGAAGCCCGUCGAGUGCCCCUGGCGACUUGGUCGGCUUCUUGGACGGCGAGUUCUUGGAUGAGCUCCAGCUGCUCUGCCCCGCGAGCCUGCUCGUCCUCCAUGAGAUCGCGCACCGGGUAAUCCGUGCCGGCUACACGAAGGAGCUCGUCCAGAAAUUCACAAAUUCCCCAUGCGAUGUUCUGGACAGGUUCUUGUCGAUUUUUCAGGGGGAAUGCUCGCGGCGGACGACAGUGGAUCUGAUCAAGCGAUGGAGCCUGGCGACUCAUCUCGUCGGGAAGGCCCUCGUCGUCAUGCAGCGGCAGCUGUACACGCACAACUCCCCCGGCGCCUUUGAUGCUCUCAAGGACGAGUACUUCUUGGCCAUCACAAAGAAUCGAAUCUUGAACCUGCUCAAGUUCGCAGACGAUUUCACCAGCAUCACGUCGCACGAGAAGCUCAUUUACAUCCUUGGCAUGUACCAGGCUCUGAGCGAGGCCGCUUCAGGCCUCCUGCUCAUGUUCACCGGGCCGCACAAGGAGCUCGUUGCCGAGAGGUCCGAGGAAAUCCUCGCCAAAUUGGCUAUGUCGAUAAGGUCCAUGGUCGCCAGCCUCAUAGCGAAGGUACGAGACGGUGUCUCGAACACGAAGAACAUCGUCGGCGUCGGCGUCCAUCCGCUGACGAAAUACGCCGUGCUCUGCAUCGUGCGGCUGGCGCCGCACCGCGACACGCUCGACCUGAUCCUCGCGAGCGGCGGGGACGACGUAGCGUCGCUGUCCGAUCUCGCGUCGCGCGUGGUAGGGUCCCUGGAAGAGAAGCCCGUGCUUCCCUGCGAUGACGACGCGACGGCGGCGGCGACCGGUUCGCGGCACCACCUCUUCCACGCCAACAACGCCAACUUCGUGCUGCAAAGCUGCAAGCCUCUGCUCGGGGACGAGUGGGCGGCGGCGCGCGAGAGCAUCGUGGAGCGGCACGUCGCGGGCUACGCCGAGGCUUGCUGGGCACCGGUCGUGGCUUGCUUGGAACCCGCGGGCAGGAAGCCGGCGGCAAAAGUCGUGGCCAAGUUCAGCGCCGCGUUUGACAGAGCGUAUGAGAGUCAGGCGCGCUGCGAGGUCCGCGAUCCCGCGCUCCGCGACGCGUUGCGAAGGGCCGUGUCCGACAAGGUCGUGACUGCUUACGGCGUGUACCUGAAGACGCACCCCAAGCUCGAGAAAAAACUCAGGUACACCGCCGGGGAGCUGGGCGAGCGGCUUUCGGAAUUGUUCGAAGGAGAAGCUGCAGAGCACAACAAAUGAAGGCCGAUUUCAACUUUUUUUUUUCAAACUUUUAAAUUUUUCGUCGCAUCGAACUUUCCUACACACACGAACUUCCAAUUUUUCAGUUACAUUGUUCCAAUUUCUUCAAAUUUCCAAUUUUAGUGUGGAACUAAACACAGCCAAACAACAGACUAUAGUUGUUUACCAUGGAUUCUUUUGUAAUAACACAUGUAAUUUUAGAAAAUAAAGAAGAGUAAGGAAAUUCAUUUGUACCACUGGUUGAA